AUGGCUGCUCAAAUCAGCCAGUUAGGGGAAUCAUCUCUUUUACAAUCUGGACAUAUUUUUGGAUCAUAUGACGUAUUCUUGAGUUUUAGAGGUGAAGACAUGGCAAAAAACACAUUUAAAGAUGAUCUUUAUGCAAGAUUGCGUCAAUUUGAAAUUAAUGUUGGGGUUGAAAAUCGAGAGGACGUCAUGCGGAAGCUAUUAGUUUCCAAGCUUUUGUGCUCCUUGACUAGUUCAUUGAAGACCUGCAUGAAUAUUGGAUACAAAUCAAAAUUCAUUCAAAAAAUUAUUGAAGUGGUCUUAUGGGAAUUGAAUCGUAAAUAUAUGGAUGUCGCCAAGCACCCAAUUGGAAUUGAUUAUCGAGUUAAAUAUUUAUCCUCAUUAUUAUCCAAAAGUGAGGAGGAGGUUGUCAUGGUUGGGAUCUGUGGAAUUGGUGGAGUAGGUAAAACCACCCUUGCUAAAGCUAUGUUUAACCAAAUCUACAAACAGUUUGAAGGUAGUUGCUUUCUUGCUGAUGUUAGAUCAGAAGCUUCAGAGAAACAUGAUGGCCUACUGCAUUUACAAAAGAAACUUCUUUAUGAGACUCUUAAGACUGAGAGCUUCAGAGAAAACAAUAAGGUUCUUAUAGUUCUCGAUGAUGUGGACCACAGGAACCAAUUAGAAGCAUUAGCAGGAAACCGGGAUUGGUUUGGUUCAGGCAGUAGAGUUAUCAUAACUACUAGAGAUGAGCAUUUGUUGAACCUGGUCAAAGUGGAUGAAAGAUACGUGGCAUUGGGAUUGAACAGCGAUGAGGCUACGCACCUCUUUAGCUGGCAUGCUUCUCAAAAUCCAGUCCCACUAGAAGAAUAUGUUGAUGUUGCAAAAGACAUUGUAGCGUAUGCUCAGGGACUUCCACUAGCUCUCACAGUUUUGGGUUCUUCUUUAUUUGGACUAUCAAUUGAAGAGUGGAGGAAUACUGUUGAGAAGCUGAAACGAAUUCCCGAUGACAACAUACAAGAAAAACUCAAAAUAAGCUUUGAUGCACUCCCAGAUGAUAAGGUUAAGGCAAUCUUCCUAGAUAUUUCCUGUUGCUUGAGAGGAGUGGACAAGGAUGAUGCCGUUACAAUAUUGGAUGCUUGUGACUUUUUUGCUGAAGCUGGAAUCCAGGAUUUGUUAGAUAGAUGUUUGCUAACAAUUGAUAUAAACAAUAGAUUGGUUAUGCAUGGACUAAUUCAAGAUAUGGGAAGAGAAAUUGUCCGUCAGGAAUCACCAGAUGAGCCUGGGAGGCGUAGUAGAUUGUUCUUUGAGGAAGAUAUUUCCAAUGUACUCUUGGGAGACAAGGCAACUGAAGUUGUAGAGGUAAUGAUGGUAAAUUCACCAAUGUUCAAGGAUAUGCAGUUAAGCACCAAAGCAUUUGCAAAGAUGGCUAAUCUUAGACUACUUCAAAUUGAUAAUGUGCAUCUAAAAGGAAAAUUUGAACAUUUACCAAACAAGCUCAAGUGGUUGCGUUGGAAGCAUUGUCCAUUGAAGUACAUUAGAUCUAACUUUCAUCUUGAGACUCUUGUUGCUCUUGACAUGUCAGAAAGUAAAUUUGAAGGAUUCAAAGCCAGUCUAAAGAAGGGUUGUGUUUGGAAUGGAUGA